AUGGCACCCAAUGUUGAAGAUUUGCGCAAGGCCGCGUUCGACGCCGAGAAGGAUCUCAACUCCUACCAAGCCAAGCAGGGUCUUGGAAAAAAGAGUGAUUCCACUCUUGAGUCUGGAGUCGAUGAAAUGGCCAACAAACGCUUUGCCGACGCCGGAGCUAGUCUAAAGUAUGGCCCUGGUGCAACCGCCUCCGGCAGUGACCACCGUAAGGUUCCUGAGGAUGAGGGUGGUACUCGCGAUGACCGGGGAAGACUUCCCGAAGCUGGUCAAUUCAAUGGAUCUGGUGGCCCCGAAGAUAACGUCAAGAUCGACUCUGAGAACCGACCAGGAGAUCAGAAUGCACUGAACCUGCAGGAUAUGAAGCAGCGUGGAAUCUCGAAGUGA